AUGGUACUUUUCACAGCCCAGUUCACAGUCAUCGGACCGGGUCAACCUGUCAUUGCUAUUGUGGGUGAGGACAUUGUGUUACCCUGUCACUUGUCUCCCCCGAUGAGUGCUGAGAACAUGGACGUGAGAUGGUUCCGGUCAGAUGACUCUUUUCUUGUGCAUCGCUAUCGUGAUGGAAAGGAUCAGACUGAAUUUCAGAUGCCAGAAUAUAAAGGAAGGACAGAGUUUCUCAAAGACGGCAUCAGAAAUGGAAGUGUCGCCCUGAGGUUACAUAAUAUCAGACCCACAGAUGAGGGACGAUACACGUGCUAUUUUGAGUCAACUUCCUUUUAUGAAGAUGCCCAUAUGGAAUUGAAGGUGGCAGCUCUAGGUGCUGCUCCUCUCCUCUCUGUUGAGGGUUAUCAGGAUGGAGGGAUCCGAGUGGUGUGCCGAUCCGCUGGGUGGUACCCAGAGCCUGAGGUUUUCUGGAGAGAGCUCACUGGACGACAUGUACCGUUGCUGUCUGAAAGAAAAUUCCAAGGGGCUAAUGGCCUGUUUGAAACAGAAACUUCUGUAAUCAUAACAGAAACCUCAAACCAGAACAUCUCCUGUUCCAUUAGGAGCACUCUCCUCAAACAAGAAAAGGAAUCAGGAGUUUAUAUAGCAGAACUUUUUUUCCCGAAGAAAUCUCCCUGGAUCGCCAUUUUGUGCACGAUCUUGGUUAUUCAGGGUUUUUUUAUUGGCCUCUUAAUUUAUCGCUUGAAAACAAAAGAGAAGAAGGCUGCAGAACGUAGGUGGAGAGACUGCCUUACAGAAGCAGAGAGGGUGACCCUGGAUCCAGACGCAGCAAAUCCCUACCUCAGGUUGUCGGAGGAUUGGAAAAGAGUCAGACUGGAAGGCGCAGACGAGAAGCUGCUCGCCAACCAUGAGGGAUUUCGUUAUUCUCCCUGUGUGCUGGCCUGUGAGGGAUUCACCUCUGGGAGACAUUACUGGGGGGUGGAAGUUGGGAGCAAAGGAGGCUGGGCUGUGGGGGUGGCCAGAGAGUCUGUGAGAAGGAAGGAAGGAGUAGUGAACCUUAAUCCUGAGGAGGGGAUCUGGGCUGUAGAGCGACAGUGGUGGGGUGAGUUCUGGGCUCUCACUAGCCCUACCACCCGCCUUUCCCUAACUAGGAAACCUGACAAGAUUCGGGUUUCUCUGGACUACGAAGCGGGGCUGGUGGAAUUUUUCGAUGCUGAUAAUGUGGAACCGUUCUAUGCUUUCCGCUCGGCCUCUUUUACUGGCGAGAAAAUCUUCCCUUUCUUCCGGGUUGGGGGUGCAGGAGCCCAGCUCAGAGUGUAUCUGUGAGAAAGGGUACGUUAUUCCACCUGGACUCACUCAAAUGUGUUCUCAUCAACUUAGGAGAUCUUUCAUUCAGUUUAUAAAGAUCACUCAUAGCUCCUCUUUUAACUUUGUACUAAUUCCCUGUAAAUGAAGACAUUUUUGAAAUAAUGGAUGUAUUUUCUGCUCUUCUGUCUACUUUAUUAUUUCAGCUGCAAUUCUGGGGGAGUAAGGUGGGGGUGAGGAAGGGUCUGCUUCCCCAUUAGGGUCGCAGCUGCUCUCUUGACAGUCUGACAAGAGCCUGAGGCCUAGUCUAUGCUACAGAGUUAGGUUGAUGCAAGGUAGCUGACGUCGACCUGACUAGGGAACUAUAAUAACUGUCCUGCCACAGCGAUUUAAUAACUCCACUUCCAUGAGAGGUGCAGAGUGAAAGUCGAUGUAGUUCGAUCGACGCAGGGUCAGUGGAGACACGCUGAGUCUUACUAGCUUUCAGAAGCCGGCUUACAAUGCCCCCCAGUGACAGUACAACCAAUACAAGCGCUCCCAGUGAGGACGCGCACCGCUGACACAAGAAGCAAAGUGUAGACACGCAUAAGCCACGUAAUUACUGCGGCAGCUGUAUGCUGACAGAGUUAGGCCUACUUAAUUUUGUAGUGUAGACAUUCCCUACGAGGAGUCGUGAUCAGUUUCCUUCUGUUUGAUGUUAUGAUUCUUGUGAUUUAUGUAUCAAUAUAAGUGCUAUGAUCGUACUUUUCUGGGUUCACGAUUUGAUCAAGUUCCUGCAGUCAUCCAUUCUGUCUAAUUCAUAAAAGACCAAUGCCCAAAAGCCCCAGCAAUGAUGGGACCACAUUAUGUUGUGCACUGUUCAAACCCAGAAAAGACACCAUCUUUCCUCUGAAAGAGUUAUGGUAGAGCUGUUUGGAAAAUGUUCCUCUCUGCUCUCCCCCACCCCACCCUGCAAAAAAAAAAAAAAAUUAAAAUGAAGAACAAAUGUUUUGGUUGAAUGUUCCAUAGAAAUUUUUGACUUUUCAUCCAAAACUUGAAACAUGCAAAAACUGAAAAUUUUCAACCACAAAUUUCUCAGUUUUCAACCAAAAGUUGAAAUUUUUCUUACUCUCUGUGGAACAAUUCAUGUAUUCAGAAGCUUAAUUUUCUGUCAAAAACCAGUUUUGAUGGAAAUUUUUCAACUAGACCUAGUUACAGAGAAUACACAUUGUGCUGCUCUCAGGGAAUCUUUACUAUUCUUAAUCCUUGUCCUGUUUGUUCUCUUAGUCUUUGAUCCAGCAAAGCACUUAAGCACAUGCUUAACUUCAAGCCUGUGAGUAGCCCUAUUAAAUUCAGUGGGGCUAACAACAUAUUUAAAGUUACACAACUUGUCGAUUGCUUUACUUGCCUGGAUCGGCAGCUCGUAAAGGAAAUCAAAUGAAAAGGAUGGUACUGUUCUUGGGCUACAGAAAAAUAUACUGAUUCUAGUGAUGAGGAAGGAUGGGGUUGUAAACAGCAGCAAAAUGCUCACAGAAAUUGAAGAAACUCUGAGGAUAUCAUCUGGUUAAAAAAUAAAUAAAUAAAAAUGUUGACACAGGCACCUGUUGUGACAAUCAGAGUCAGCCACCCUGAGGGAUGAAUAGGUUUAAAACCCCCUGUCCCCAAUCAGUUAAAUCAAGUGAUUGCAUACAGUGUCAGUACUGUAAAACUAUAUUCAGCAAGGUCUUUUACAAAAGCUUGUAAUGUUUUGACUCUGCUGGUCAUUGUCAGCUAUGAAGACAGCCUGUGGGUUAUGAGUUUAUGUAUUUGUGUAGAGGAGCUAAGAUCACGUGUAGUAGAGCUAAGAUAUGAAAAAAUUAUCUAAGAAAACUGGGAUUACGAUUUGUGCUGCAACUUUAGCUACACCUUAUAGCAGAGUGGGGAGGGGCACCUUCAAAUCCAGUUGUGUACAUGGAACUGGCCUCAAGUAACGAUCCAGUGUCCAGCCCGAGGAGAGACCAGUGGUGAACUAUCCCAGUUAAUGGAAAGACACCGAGACAAGUGGAAAUUGAAAAGCACAUUCCCAGCUCCAGAACAUUGUCAGGAGGGCAGUUUCUCCAUUGAAUAACCAGGCAUCACCCUGGAUUGAAAAAUCAUCAAAUCAUACCUAGAACUACUCAUUUGAAACCUCAGAUAUGUAAGUAGAUCAGGAAUUGUCUAGGAAGACGCGAUUAGAUUUAAUCUCUUUUAUUUCUGUAAGGCGUGUGGAUGUCUCUGUGCUAACCCCAGGUGCUUUUGUUUUGCUUGUAACCUUUCAGCUGGAUCUUAAGAAAACCAUUCUUGAUGCUUAAUUAUUAUAUUUGCUCUUUUUAAAUCUAGCAGGAGCCUAAGUUCCAGAUGUAU